AUGGAUCAACUCCGUACCGUCCUUCAACCCCUAACUCACAACCUCCCUGCGCCUAUCAAAGACUUGGGAGUUUCACUCAUCGGAGAACAAUGCUACAAAACUCUCCUGCUCGACAUCGACCCAUCCCAUACAGAAUGUCUCAAACUCGGCAUUUCUAAAGGACUCGGAGUAGGAAUCAUUGCAGCUUCCUCUAUCGUCAAGAUCCCACAACUUCUCAAACUCAUCUCCUCCAAAUCUUCCUCCGGGAUAUCCUUCCUUUCCUACCUUCUCGAAACCUCCGCAUACCUUAUUUCACUCGCCUAUAACUAUCGAUCAGAAUUUCCUUUCAGCACAUAUGGCGAAACUGCUCUUAUAAUGGUGCAGAAUGUAGUGAUUGCCGUCACAGCUGCUCUGUUCGUGGCAGGAUUGGCUGCAAGUGCCUUUACGCUUUUCAGUGGAAAUAUGUUGGAUAUGCAACAAUUAGCAUACUUGCAAGCAGGAGCUGGAGUUUUGGGAGUUGCAAGCAAAUUGCCCCAGAUUUUGACUGUCUGGCAAGAAGGAGGAACGGGACAGUUGAGUGCUUUCGCUGUAUUCAACUAUCUCGCCGGUUCUCUUUCUAGAAUCUUCACUACUCUUCAAGAAGUUGACGACAAACUCAUUCUCUAUGGAUUCAUCGCCGGUUUUGCUCUCAACGCUAUCCUAACUCUACAAAUGGUAUACUACUGGAAUUCUUCCAGCAAAACCAAGAGCAAGAAGAACAAGAACAAGAAAUCUUCAAACACAAAGCAAAAGGAGAAGGUUUCUGUUGCAGCAUCUCCUGCUGCAAGUACCACCCAAUCGCAAAAGAACACAGCCAAGAGCCCUAGCACACGAAGACGUGGAUAG